CACCCCGUUCGUGCUCCUGCUCGUGGCGAUAACCAGCAGCGCUUCAUUUAUUUAUGUAUUUUUUUAUUUUGUUACGCCUACUCAAAACGUUAAAGCCGAUGGACGCGGCGUGUGCAAAGACACCUCCUACCGCUGCCCCGAGUUAAACUGAGCUGGCGGUUAACUUCUCAAGCGGAGGUUUCUCCCCAAAUCACUCCCCUUCCUGACGAGAUUCGGAGGACUUGGUGAUGGUGGUGUAGGUGCACCUCGCAUGCCCCAGGAUGAGCCAGGGCCCCGACCUGGUGAUGAAGUGGCUCUCCCGGCUCCACCUAGCCCAGUACGUGGAAGCCUUCUUGGACAACGGCUACGACGACCUGGAGGUGUGCAGGCAGAUCGGCCGGGCCGACCUGGACGCCAUCGGGGUCCGCGUGGAGUACCACCGCCACCGGCUGCUGGCCGCCGUCCGACAGCUGAGGGACUCCGACCGCAGGAAGGCGCCGGGGUACUACUUCGCCCUGGAACCGCAACGGGAGACGGCGGCGCCACUGCGGACCGGAGGAGGGACGCACCUUCCGUCCUGUCCCGGUAACCACGACCCGAGAUUGACGGAUUGUAACGACUUUGUCAUCUAUCCCAAACUCAAGCUCAAGGUUCUCAUACGGGAGAAACUGGCCAAAGACGGGAUCGACCUCGGAGAUGCGCCGUACAGCCGCAAGGAUGGCUCAGUGGGGACCCUUGAGGAUCUGGCCAAGGAGUAUUCGCGCUAUUACGGCACCUCCCUCAGCGACGUGUGUGAAAGGAUGGAAGAGCUACGCCGACGUCGACUGGUGCAGGAUGCGAGUGUGAUGGGAACGCUCGACUCAGCGGCCGCGUCGCUGCAACUGCGCUCUCAGAUUCAGGAAUCUCUGGGACUCUGCAGCGCCACGUCCACUCCGGAGACUGGCAGGAAGUUUCCCGUGUGCAAGUCCGGCCCUUCGGAUGACGGAUCGGGUGGACGGAAAUGGGACGGCAAGAGAAAAAGCAAAUUCUUUUGGAACACUUUCAGAAAGACGCCCAAAGGAGUUGCCACGCGCCACCUUGCAAAAGGUGACUUGGUGGGCUUCGUGGCAAGCGAGAUCACCAUGAGCGAUGAAGAGCGCAUCCAACUGAUGAUGAUGGUCAAGGAAAACAUGAUCUCCAUCGAGGAAGCUCUGGCCCGGUUGAAGGAGUUUGAGAUGCAGAAGAAGUGCAGAUCGGAACCGUCCGAGUGCACGGACGUUUUCCCUUCUCCCGACGAGUCUUUGAGCGACAGCCAGCUGUGCGAGUUGUCCGACACAGAACAAGAAGAUUGGCCGACGUUCAGGAGGCUUCACAAGCUGGUGAACUCCACACGCAAGGCGAAGAACAAACUCAUCAGGAUCGACCAGACCAGGACCAGCGCAGAAGAGUGUUGUCAGCAAAACGUUUGUCCCGUGGACUCGCUGGCGUCCGCCCUGCAGGAGCAGCUGGGCUACGAUGAGGACAAGGUCACCGCGUCGCGCUCCUCCGGCGGCCUGGACACCGCUGAGGCCCCCGGGGGCUCCCGCUGCGGCGGCUCCCCGGAUGGGGACGCGGCCAAUGAGGAACAGGAGAGCGACGCCCUCUCGGUUCAUCACCGCCGCCAGGCCGAGGAGAUCACGAUGGCUCGAUCGGUGACAGAUGGCGGGCUACGACAUCGCCUCCUCAGCCACCACGGGAGAGCCUGCAGUUUUGGAGGAUUUGACCUCACCGACCGCUCAGUGCGUGCGGCCCAACACACUGGCGGAGACGAAGAUGGCGCGAGGUCCCCUCAGAUAUCUCGCAUCUCCCUGGGCAAGAAAGUCAAGUCUGUGAGGGAGACCAUGAGGAAGCACAUCACCAAGAGAUACCAAACAUCUCAAGCCGAUCGGUCAAGUCCAGAGCGGUUUUCCAGCUGCCCUCAGUCCCCUCACUUGGGCUCUUCUCUGGAGAAAGCACCGCUGAAACCUGGAGGUUCUGUGGAAAGCCUCAGGAGUUCCCUCAGCGGACAGAGUUCCAUGAGCGGCCAGACGGUGGGCACCACCGACUCGUCCAACAGCAACAGAGAGAGCGUCAAGUCGGAGGACGGCGAGGAGGACGAGCUGCCUUACUGCGGACCCUUCUGCGGACGCGCCCUCGUGCACACGGACUUCACACCCAGCCCCUACGACGCAGACUCCCUCAAACUCAAGAGCGGCGACACGAUCGACGUGAUCAGCAAGCCCCCGAUGGGCACCUGGAUGGGCAUGCUGAGGGGCAAAGUGGGCACCUUCAAAUUCAUCUACGUAGACAUGCUCAACCUGGAGCAGGCCAAGCCCAGGAAGACCGAGCGCAGGCGCGGGAAGGCCCGGCAGCCCAAACCGCAGUCUGUGGACGAGCUUCUGGAGCGCAUCGACCUCAAAGAGCACCUGCCCGCCUUCCUGUUCAACGGCUACGACGACCUGGAUACCUUCCGGCUGCUGGAGGAGGAGGACCUGGACGAGCUCCGCAUCACAGACACCCGGCACAGAGCCGUGCUGCUCGCUGCCGUGCAGCUGCUGCACGACUACGACGGUGGGAGCAGCGAGUCGGAGCCAAGCAGCUUCCCCGAGGAGAACGCUCCCGUGACUGAGACCCUCGUCCUGACAGGAGACUCCCCGAGAGCAUCGAUCCCCUGGACGACAACAGUAACCACACCUUGACCCCGCUAUAAAGUCUUCCUCGUCAUCCUCCCGUUCUUCCUUCACACAUGGGACACUCUUCUUCUUCUUCUUCACAUGGACUUGUUCCUCAUUCACCGUAGGUCAGCUCACACAUACAAACUGUAGAGUGACUUUUGCGGGGGCUAAGGUGAAUGUUAAAAAAACAAAAAAAACAAGGUACGGUUUUGUGGUCAUACUUUUCUGACUCUAGUGUAGCCUUGCUCACGCUAUUAUCAUCAUGUGCCUCAAACUGAAAAUUAUUGACUUAUUUAUCUUUAUCUUAUUUUUUUAGGAAGUGUGUGUGUGAGAGAGAAAAAGAGAGAGAGAGAAAUAAAAAAGCAUCUUAACA